CCAAGGCGGGCGGCACAUGCGCGGUGGCGCCUGGCUGGCUCCCGCUAGCGCAUCGCUGCCGCUGAGAAAGAGAGAGGGAAGAAGACAAGGAGAGGAAGGAAAUAAAGGAGGAAGAGGAGGAUUUGGAAGCCGAGGAGGAGGAAGCCGAGGAGGGCGAAGCUUUAUGGCUGGCCUCUGGAAAUGGGAUGUCAUUCUCGUCCGGGGCUUGUAAAGGACGACGGUGGCCCGUUUCUCUGUCCCGGCUGCUCCUGCUGCCCUCCUCCUCCUCCUCACCCUCACCUUGAGCGGAAGUGAGACCGAGAGGCAGAGGGGGACAUGUCUGCCGUCGCCUCGGCCACCCAGGCCCCUCAGGGCCCUGCCAACCCGCCGCCCCCUGAGGUGACCAACCCGGCCAAGCCCGGCCGGAAGACCAACCAGCUCCAGUACAUGCAGAACGUCGUGGUGAAGACGCUGUGGAAGCACCAGUUUGCCUGGCCCUUCUACCAGCCGGUUGACGCCAUUAAGCUGAACUUACCUGACUAUCACAAAAUCAUUAAGAACCCGAUGGACAUGGGGACGAUCAAGAAGCGGCUGGAGCACAACUAUUACUGGAGCGCCAGUGAAUGUAUGCAGGAUUUCAACACCAUGUUUACAAACUGUUACAUUUAUAAUAAGCCAACGGACGACAUCGUCCUCAUGGCCCAAGCGUUGGAGAAGAUUUUCCUGCAGAAAGUGGCGCAGAUGCCGCAGGAAGAAGUCGAGUUGCUACCUCCGGUACCGAAAGGCAAAGCCCGCAAGGCAGCCACCACGGCGCAUAACGCAGGAGCCCCGCAUCCGGCAACCACAGCUGUCUCUUCGGUGACUCCGCCGGCCCCUUUCCAGAACGUCCCACCCACCGUCUCGCAGACGCCGGUCAUCGCUGUGACGCCCGUGCCAACCAUCACCGCAACCAUUGCCCCCAUCGCCUCUCCCCCGGCCACCGUUCCCCCGCCGCCGCCGCCUCCCCCUCCUCCCGCCGCUCCCAUCAUGCCGGUCGUCCCUCCUACGCCACCCAUUGUCAAGAAAAAGGGGGUGAAGCGGAAAGCGGACACCACCACGCCCACCACGUCGGCCAUCACGGCCAGUCGGAGCGAGUCUCCCACGCCGCUCUUGGACGCCAAGCAGGCCAAAGUGGUGGCUCGGCGGGAGAGCGGCGGGCGGCCCAUCAAACCCCCCAAGAAGGACCUGGAAGAUGGGGAGAUCCCGCAACACGCUGGGAAGAAGGGCAAGCUCACGGAGCACCUCAAGUACUGCGACAGCAUCCUGAAGGAGAUGCUCUCCAAGAAGCACGCGGCCUACGCCUGGCCCUUCUACAAGCCGGUCGACGCCGAGGCCCUGGAGCUCCACGACUACCACGAUAUCAUCAAGCACCCGAUGGAUCUCAGUAGUGUGAAAAAAAAAAUGGACAGCCGAGAAUAUCCAGACGCCCAGGGUUUUGCGGCAGAUAUUCGGUUAAUGUUCUCUAAUUGUUACAAGUACAACCCACCCGACCAUGAAGUCGUGGCCAUGGCGCGGAAGCUUCAGGACGUCUUUGAGAUGAGGUUCGCCAAGAUGCCGGACGAGCCGGCCGAGCCCCCGCCUCCUCCGCCUCCAGCUGCCCCCGUGGUGAGCAAAAGCAUGGAGAGCAGCCACAGCAGCGAGGAGAGCUCCUCGGAUUCGGACAGUUCGGACUCGGAAGAGGAGCGGGCCACCCGUCUGGCCGAACUCCAGGAGCAGGACUGUUCCCGGUCAGUGAGGCAGUGCUACAAGGUCAAUGACUCCCGAGACUGGAAUGGAUGGAAUCUGAAGGCCGUCCACGAGCAGCUGGCCGCCCUGUCGCAGGCCCCGGUGAACAAGCCCAAGAAGAAGAAGGAGAAGAAGGAGAAAGAGAAGAAGAAGAAGGACAAGGAGAAAGAGAAGGAGAAGGAGAAGCACAAAGUGAAGGCGGCGGAGGAGGAGAAGAAAGCCAAGGUGGCCCCGCCGGCGAAGCAGGCUCAGCAGAAGAAAGCGCCAGCAAAGAAGGCCAACAGCACCACCACGGCAAACAGGCAGCCAAAGAAGGGAGGGAAGCAGCCGCCCGCCACCUACGACUCCAACGAGGAAGAGGAAGGCCUGCCCAUGACCUACGACGAGAAGCGCCAGCUCAGCCUGGACAUCAACCGCUUGCCGGGGGAGAAGUUGGGCCGGGUGGUGCACAUCAUCCAGUCGCGGGAGCCCUCGCUCCGGGACUCCAACCCGGACGAGAUUGAGAUCGAUUUCGAGACUUUGAAGCCCACCACGUUGCGAGAGCUGGAGAGAUACGUCAAGUCCUGCUUGCAGAAGAAGCAGCGGAAACCCUUUUCGGCAAGCGGGAAGAAGCAGGCGGCAAAGUCCAAGGAGGAGAUGGCUCAGGAAAAAAAGAAAGAACUGGAGAAGCGGUUGCAGGACGUCAGCGGGCAGCUAAACAACAACAAGAAGCCUGCGAAAAAGGAAAAAUCCGGAUCUGCGCCCUCCGGAGGACCCUCCCGCCUCAGCAGCAGCAGCUCCUCCGAAUCGGGGAGCAGCAGUUCCAGUGAAUCCAGUUCUGAUAGUAGUGAUUCGGAGUAAACACACACACACAACCCCUAUGGACUCUUUGGACAACGCACCCAGAGCAGCAAACAAACCUCCCGCUGACAACUCGCCCCUGAAACUUUGCAGCGUUCCUCCCGUCUCUUUUUAUUUUCCUUUUGAAAAGAAAACGAAGACGACAGUCUGCACUCGUUCCAUCUCAGCUGGUUUCCACAUGAUUUUUUCCACUCUUUCAAAACCCUCUUUUUUAAAAGCCCCAAUGUUAUAUAUAUACAUAUACAUAAAAGAUGCUUUCCUAAAUUAAUUUCCUCCACAAUUUUAUUAGGUUUGUGUCCAUGUGUUCGACUCGACACAUUCUUCACUUCACUUCAAAGUCUCUUAAAUUUUUUAAAAUGAGAAAGCAGGACGUUUUCACUCGCAGAAGGAGGAGAUACUGAAUGUGAGAGAACUGGAGACACAACAUUAGCGAGGUGUAAUAUUGGGGCAGAGGGUUGUUUGUUUGUUUGGGGGGUUUCGAGGUCAUUCUUUUCCAGGAAAAUACUCUUUUUAAUGCCGCCCCCAAACUGUCUCGUCUCUAGACACAAAGCAGAGGAUGGGGAGAUUUUUUAAACAAACUGAAAAGAGAUCAAAGACUCUUUGUAAAAUGGUACUGUACCUGAACGAUUUGUUAGCUUUUGAAGUAGUUGGAUGUAUUUGUUCUUAGCGCUAGCCGGCCGAACCUCCCUGAUCUGCUCCUUACCCAAAAAAGGAGCCACGGAAAAGGACAUUUUAAACAAACAGUGGACUUAGAGGGGAUCGGGCGCUGUGUCAACAUUGUGACGAAGAUCAUCAACAAUAUAUAUAUCUAGCUAUCUAUAUAUAUAUAUAUGAUGGCAGAAAAGGAAAGCUCGUGUAGUGUGGAUUUUUAAUUUUAACGUACUUUUUAGAGACCCCUUCUAUCUUUUAAAACAAAACAAAAAAUCGAUCUGGAGAUCUUCUGACAGAAUUCUCAAACAGCUGGCAAAAGCGUCAACAUGAACUUGGAUGGAUGGUUUAUAGACUUGGAUGAGCAAUCAAAAGCUGGAAGUAAGCGUCCUUCAAAUCUAGGAAUGAUACUCAUUCUUGGUGGGAUGUUUUGCCCACAAAGUCCCCUAAAAAAACUUGGAUGGGUGGUAUAUAGACUUGGAUGAGCAAUCAGAAGCUGGAAGUAUGUGUCCUUCAAGUCUAGGAAUGAUCCUCAUUCUUGGGAUGUUUUGCCCUCAAAGUCCCCUAAAGAUGGAAACUUGGAUGGGUGGUAUAUAGACUUGGAUGAGCAACCAGAAGCUGGAAGUAUGCGCCCUUCAAAUCUAGGAAUGAUCCUCAUUCUCAGUGGGAUGUUUUGACCUCAAAGUCCCCUAAAGACGGAAACUUGGAUGGAUGGUAUAUAGACUUGGAUGAGCAAUUAGAAGAUGAAACUAUGCAUCCUUCAAGUCUAGGAAUGAUCCUCAUUCCCGGUGGGAUGUUUUGCCCUCUAAGUCACCUAAAAAAGGGAAUGAUGGGCCUUACUUGGGUCAGGAUUUCUUCUUCCUCUUCCAGCGAAGGUUAGCAAAUUUUUGGACCAUCGGCAUUGCUGGUUUUCUUAUCUCCACGGCAUCGACUCUUUAGAAAAACAGAAGAACAUAUGCAUUUUCGACGUUUCUCCAGUUGAAACAUGGAAAGGAAGCUACACUGAAAUAAAUAGGGUUUAUGUCUAGAGUAGUGGAUGGUUUGAUGGACCAUGAUAGUUUCACUUAUGGCCACCAUAACAUCCAUUCUCGAAAAUGUCAUCAGGGCUUAAACCCAGAGAAAAGCAGAACUUUGAGGCUGUUGAUAGAUGUUGAUUCAAGCAUCUAACCAUCGAUCCAAGAUUUCUACAGGACAGACACUAGAUUUAGGCUCAGGAUUAUAUAUCCAUAGCAGAUAAGAUCUGCAUUCGAUCAACCUUGAUGGUUCUUCAAGAGAGCAGUCGUUAGAUUUAAGACCCAGAUUUUGUACCGAAUGACAGUCUCAUGGAAGAGCAAACCUGUUCAACUUUGGGUAAAUGUUGAUUUGCAAGCAUCGAUUCUUCGUUGGAUUUAGGCCCAAGGUUUUCUACCGAAUUAUGGAGGAGCAGACCCACUUUUGAAUAUUAAUGCAACCAUCCAACUGUGGCUUCUUCUGUCAUUGGAUUCAGGCCUGCGAUUUUAUAUCAAUCUCUAGAUUUGUAGUCUUUUUUAGCAUUGCAUUCCGGACUUGUGUUUCAAGACCACCAGCAAGGUUCCAAAAAACGAAGAGUAAUCCUGGAGGCCAAAUACGAGCCGAGCCACUGAUCUAUCUAUCUUUCUCUAUAUAUAUAUCUAUAUUUUUUUGUUCUCUUCUUUUAUCUCCUUUGUAACAGUGCGGAAGCUCUUAGGACAGAAGGCGAAAUGGUGUGUCUUUCGAGUGCAGGUUUCCAAAAGAAUCAAAACCUUUUACCUCAUAUGAAAAAAAAAUAUUUUCAAAAAAACACGGCGGGAAGGGAAAUAGAGGAAAUACAUUUUUUUGGGUAAGGUUCAUUGGGGUGUUUUUUUAGAAGCUCUUUUUUUGCGUUCCUCGCCUGGAGACCUGCGCUUUGGCAAAAUGACACACGCCGGAAUUCGACGAUCCCUCGUUUUUUCCCCAUGUAUAUAGAAAUAACUUUAUUUAUUAACAUCAUUGGUCACUUAAAAAUCGUAUCCUGCAUUUUGUGUUGGUUCAAAGAGCGACGGCAGAGCGAGAGAGAGGAAAGAAAGAAAGGAAUGCAGGUUUCUUGCUGGUUUUAGAACCGAGCUCUGAAAACGAAUCGGGAGUCCUUUUUUAUUAUUAUUUAAAUGUCUUUGACUUUUUAACCAACAGGUGCUACCGAUAUUUGCUAGUUUCCUGUGCCGGUGCUUACUCCUUGUAUGUGUAUUCAGUUUCUUUGUUUUGUUUCUUUUUUUUCGGGACGGGAGGGAUGUUUUUUUUCCGGGGAAGGGGGUUGUGGUUUUGUUUGCUUUCCUUUUUGUACAGAUUUUGGACUUUACAGGUAUUGGUAACUUCCAGAUAAAGCAUGUUUUAUUUGUAUAUUCCUAGUCUCCUUCCACGUUGGUCUUUUUCUCUGUAUCUUGUUUUAAAAAAAAGUAGAACAGUUUGGAAAAAAAAUAAAGGAACAAAGACCUG